UUGGGACUUGUAUUGUGCUGCGCCUGAACGGAGGGAUACAUGUGAACAUUCUAGUGAAGCUAAAGCAUUUCAUGACUAUGGGUUUGUCAAUUCGGGGUAUGCAGUCAACGGUAUUGCACAUAAUCCCACAGCACCCAGCCCAUUAGGUCAAAUACCGCCAAAUGAUGGCAUGCCAGGAGGUCCAAUGGCUCCUGCAGGCUUCUUUCCUAACUCUCACAUGAGGCCCUCGCCACCACAGCAGCCAGUGUCGCAGCCGUCCCCUCACCCGCAGCCCCCACCCCCUCACAGUCAGAUGAUCCAGAAUCAGCCGUUCAUGUCACCGAGGUAUCCCGGGGGACCCAGGCCUGGUGUACGCAUGCCCCAACAAGUGGAAUUUAAUCCCCCUGGUGGUGUUCCAGGCCAGCCUAUGAUUCCAAAUAAUAUGGAUCCCACUAGGCAAGGUGAUGGAGCUGAAUUUGUGGGAUGGCAAGGUCCUCCUGGUAUGAGCCCAAUGAAUCCCCGUAUGAGUGCCCCUCGUGGUCAACCUCUUCCUAUGAAUCCAGGAAAUUAUGGAGGAAUGAGGCCACCUCCUAAUAGUACUAUGGGCCCCGGGGGCCCUUCCAUGCCACCCAUGUCCAUGCCUGGAGGCCCUGGUGGACGACCUUGGCAGCCUAACACAUCAACAAUGAAUUAUUCCUCUGCAUCACCUGGGAGCCACUAUGGGGGCCCACCAGUUUCCAGCACAGGCCCUCCUGGUCCUGGGACCCCCAUAAUGCCUAGCCCGCAAGGUUCAUCAGGUCCUUACUCCCCAGCCAGCCACAGAAUGAACACUUCCACGCCACGAAGAGAUUCAACGAGUUCAGGAGGUGAAAGUAUGUAUGCAAUGAUGAAACCUGUUCCGGGAGGAAGUAUACCUGGGUUCCCAAUGGGACCUGGGCCUGAAGGACCAAUGGGGUCCAUGGGACCUGAAAUGGGACCACCAGUCAUGAAUGGAAUGUCAUCUGCAGGUGAUACAUUGGAUGGCAUGAAAAAUUCCCCUGCUAAUGGUCCAGGUACACCUAGAGAGGAAGGACCUUCUAUGGGUGAUUAUGGAAUACCUGGCUAUGGGCAAGAAAAUGACCAGAACGAAUCAGCGGCAAUACUAAAAAUCAAGGAAAGUAUGCAAGAAGAAGCAAAAAGGUUCGAAAAGGACACUCCAACUGAGCAUCCUGACUAUUUCAUGCAAUAACUCAUGUCAAGUAAUUGAGACUUCUAAACAAACAAAAUUGUACCAAACUGAGGCCCCGAACUCUAAGUGUAUGAAAUGCAUUCUUCCAAAGUGCUUUUCGAUAAGUAACUGUGAAGAUGAUGAAGUGGAAAGUGUAGUUUUAUGAAAAUAGACCACCCAUUUUGGACUCUUCCACUUCCAGUUGUAUAGAAUAAAUCAUUACUUGACUUUUGUCCUACCAUUAAGCAUCAAGAACCGAAAUCAACAUAACUGUAAUGAAAUUUUAUCUCUAUUGUUUCCACAAUGUGGGGCAGGAUUUUUUCCUUCUUCAUGUGGGAAUUGUAAAAUAAUUUGUUGCAUUGUACAAUUACAUACAGAAGUGCAUAAAUAUGUAUUUUUAUCACUGUGAGAAAUAGUUAAAAGUUGAAAUCAUCGAAAAGUGGCUCGAGAGAUCUUCAGGCAAUCUUUCAAUUCCAUUUAAAAAAUCCCAUUUUUAUUAAAAAAGGGUGAAAAUGGUGGCCUCUUGUCAUGAGGCAAGUCUAGCAUGAAAUGUACAAUAUUCAUAUUCAAACAUAAGCACUAUGCAAGACUGAUGUGUCUGCAAUUCUCUAUGGAUUACUGUCAAGAGGAAAUGAAUAAAAAAUGGUUACGGUGUGUUUUGCAGACUUUGUUCAAGACUAUUACUUAUGACAGUGUUUGUUAAUUGGGGAUCAAGAUUUUGUGUAAAAUAAAAACAAUGGUGAGACAUUCUUUUCCACUUGUAAGAUCACUGCUCAGUAUUGUUAUCUAUUGGUCAUAUCAUUCAUUAUUCUAGUUGAAGAAGUUUCAGCCCACACAAAAUAUUUGAACCGGGCAGACCGAGAUAUAAAAUGUCACCAUGAACAAAUGAAAUACAUUGUGAAAAUUUUACACCUGUUAAUCUGUCCCUUUGUAAUUUUACCAUUACCCUUUUCAACUGCAUAUUUCAAAAAGUUCUUGUAAACUUUUACUGAACUGUUCAUUUUUUAUAUAAAUCCCCUCCAAUAUUCAUAUUAGUAUUACUGAUGCUGAAAUCUGUAAGUAUUCAGUUUUCAUUCAGCUUUUUUUAUUUAGUUUGUACAUGUUGCUUUACAGUGUAGUGUACACAGUAUAGGUAAACUUUCCCCACAUUUUUUUUACCACUGCAGAUACACUUAUUGUGCAUCUUCUAUACAAAAGUGAUCCAUUAUAUUCAUAGGAGGUCUUAGAUGAAAAUUAUCUCUUCCCCUUGAAAAUUAUAGAUGUGUGUGCCAUUCAAAACACUGCUGACCGGUGAGGUAGGCGCCGGGAACUCACAUGCAUCUUGGACAUCAACAUUCCGAAUACUUGAAUGUACCUGUCCUGGCGCAGAGACUCGAUCUUAAAGAAGUUGCCUAUGAAAGAAAGAGCGUUUACUAGAGAACUCGGGAGUCUGCCGAGGCACAUUACAGUAAUUAACGAAGACUGAAAGGUCCACGUUUUCAUGUGACCAAUAUUGUAUAUAUUAUAUAUCCGAGAGUUCUGUGCUGUUGCCUGUGUAUUUGAGUAUUGUGCUGGCUACAGUUUAUGAUGAUUUUCAUUCCUUGUACAGUAACAGCUCUUUUUUUCCCCUUGUUAACAUUAUUUUCUAUAAUGAUGGUGGAACUCCAGUGUGAAUCCAAGAUUUUGAUGAUUAAAUCAAAAGUAUUGCUGUAGUUGUUUGAAUAUAUGUUAUAUUAUCUUAAGAGAUAUAUUUUGUUAAAUGUACAUCGAAAUCCCUCAUCAUCAUCUUGAAAUUAAUAAAGAAAUAUAACAAAAGCUAUGCAACUUUAAAUAAAUUUAUAAUAUUUGUGUAAAUUUCUUAUGUAUCUCUGCAUUUAUUAAAAGAAAUUAAUUUGCAUUUAAAAUAGAGUAUUUUUUUUUUUUUUCCCCAAUUGGACAUUCAAAAACUUUAAAGUGACAUUUUAGGGAAAAAUUAUUUGUCUGCAUUGUUUAUGAUUGAAUCACUCAUGUAGUUUAUUGUAGUUAUAAUUCAAAACUUGUCACAUUUUAAAAUGAGCCUAUAGCCAAAGAAAAUUUUGGCUGGCAAAACUCGGUCUUCUUUUAUAAAAUGGAUUCCUGUCCAGUUACAAUUUAAUAAAAGGAAAGGAAAAUUUUUUAAUAAAUUAUACUUGGAACUGUUUUGUAUAGAUAAAACCAUACCUUUUAAUAGUGUCGUGAAAAUUUGGUGGCUGCUUUUUUGCUUACAUCCAUUAUUAGUUGUAAUUUGAUUUUAAUUAAUGGUUCAAAAUUUGAUUUGUAAAAAUUUCUCAAAUAAUCUUUUCAUAAAGUUACUUCUACAAAUUAAUUUGAGUAGCAGGCAUGUGUUUGAAAUUAAAUCUUUGUACAAUUCAAAAUGAAGAGUUGAUAUCAAAGAAAAUAAUAUCCACUCACAAUUGAAAAGCAGAAAUGAACCAUAUCUUGAAAUGUAUCUCUCUUUGUGACAUAGUGAUAGUUAAAUGAGGACAACUUAAAGCUAUUUUGAAUCAUUUAGUGAAACUGUCAGCAUUAAAAAAAAAAAAAAUUUGAAAUAAAUAAAUAAAAGUUUAUAACAAAUUCAUUUGCAAAUCUGAUUGUAGAUGUGCAAAUCAAUAUAAAGGAUCUAUGAAAGCAAAUUAGAAAAUUAGUUAUACAUAUCUGGGUGUUUGAGCUUCUGCCAAAAUAUGGACUUCCCCUAUUCUUCAAUUAUAUAACUGAAAUUGCUUCUGUACUAUAAUAUUUUUUCUUUAAUUCAUUUCUAUCUUGUAUAUUUUUAAAUAAGAUAUAAUUUUAUUUUAUUUUGUGUGAUGUGUUCAUAUGUACAGAUAUUGUAAACAUGAAAGCUUUAAUAAUUACAACAAAGAAGUGUUAUAAAUGUAAAUUUGAAAUCCAAAGAAGUUUUUCAUUCUGGAGUUCCACCCUCAUGAUAUUGUUUCUCAGAUUCUGUAAUGUCAGUUGAAUAAUUAGGGUUAGAAAUUUAUUGCCAAGAAAUAUGUAUAGAGACUGCUGAAAAUGUUGCUACAGGAGUGACAUAUUUUAUAAAGAUAUUUCCU